UGAGUGGGUGGUGGGAUUCCAGGGCGCUGCUAUGGAGGGGUGUAGUGAGCCACAGCUGGAUGCUAAGGCCAAGGUCACCAACUAGCUCAUAGAUUUUCAGUGGAAGCUGGGUAUGGCUGUGCGCUCAGACAGCUGCAGAUCACUUAAGUAUCCUUAUGUUGCAGUGAUGCUCAAAGUGGCAGAUCAUUCAGGCCAAGUAAAGAACAAGUCCUUCGAAAUGACAAUUCCACAGUUUCAGAAUUUUAGACAGUUCAAGGAAAUUGCUGCAAUUAUUGAAACUGUGUGA